GUUGUUUAGGGUGGUGAAAAAAGUUCUGGAAAUAGUGGUGGCAGCUACACAACAUUGUGAAUGUACUCAAUGCCACAGUACAUUUCAAGAUGGUUACCAUGGUAAAUAUUAAGUUAGGUAUAUUUCACCACAUAUGCACAAAAUAAAUGGCACCUGGGUAGCUCCUGUAGCCUCGUGGCAUUAAAGAAGGUGGGAUCCUAAGACCAUGUCCUGUCAUCUGGCUCCUCUACCUCUCAGCCAUUCCCUCUCCCUGUCUGCCAGCUGCUGCCCGAGGACUGCAGCUGCGGCAGCCAGCUCUCUCCAGAAGCCUCAUCAGCGCCCCUGGCACUUUCUCACCUCACGGCCUUGCUCUCUUGGCUUAAGGUCCCCUUGGAACCUUCACCACCAAACCACCAUCUCCCUUCUAUCACAGAACCCCAUCUGGGAAGUUCCCUAGUAGCUCCACCCACAGGUUGUUCACCCUGGUAGAACUCUGCUGCUUGUUUGAUCAGCCCAGGAGAGCCCUGUUACAUUAUCAUCCCCACGUUACAGCUGUGGAAACGUAGAGGUCAAACAAGCAAGGUGAACUCAGGGCACUUGGAGUACAAACCCGGCUCCCACAGGAGCAACAGUGGAUGUGAUGAGCAAGGCUGGGAUGUUGUACUGUCAUUGAAGCCUGAACUUCAUUCUUAGGUAAUGGGGAGCCAGCAGAGUGCCUGUUCCAGGGGAGGUGCUGUAUCGCCCUUGUCACUACCUGACGUAAUAUCUUCUUACUUGUACUUUAUUUCCUGUCACCCUCCAGUGGAAUGAAAGUAGGUGGCGGCAAGGCCUUUGUUUUGUUCAUUGCUGUGAACAGACCCGUGAAAGCCCAAACACUUUCUGUAUAUCAAGUCAUUUAACCUAAAAACCUCGUGAAGGAACCCCCUUCUUUUUCCACCCCUCCCCCCAAUAAGGAAAGUGAAGUUCAGAGAGAUAAGUCACUCUUCUGUGGACAAAACCUAGGCAAAUCGGCAAAGCCAGGAUUUAAACCCAAGCAGUCUGGCACUGUGCUCUCCAGCCUUGCUGCAGAAAGCUACUCUGGCCAAAUGAAAGGUCUGCAGAUGAUGAAGCUCUGACCAAAGGCAUCCACCCCCCUGGCAGCCAUCUGCCCUGCAGCCGUAGCUCACAUUCUCAUGCCUUGCCUCUGCUCAUUUUGGGACUGUCUCUGUGCAGCCUCCAGGGCCCCUGUUCUGGAGAUAAAUGUGAUGCCAGGACCCUGAUGUGCUCCAUGAUGCCCCGAGCCUAGCUCCUCGGCACACUUAGGCACGAUGUUGGUCAACUCCUUCGCCAACACUUCCACCAACAGCUCUGAGCCCAGCCCGUGCCCUGACUACCGGAACACCCACCGCCUGCACAUGGUGGUCUACAGCCUAGUUCUGGCCACAGGGCUCCCGCUCAACGCGCUGGCCCUCUGGGUCUUCUUGCGCGCUCUGCGCGUCCACUCAGUGGUGAGCGUGUACAUGUGCAACCUGGCGGCCAGUGACCUGCUCUUCACCCUAUCAUUGCCAGUGCGCCUCUCCUACUAUGCACUGCACCAUUGGCCCUUCCCGGACCUCUUGUGCCAGAUUGCAGGCGCCAUCUUCCAGAUGAACAUGUAUGGCAGCUGUAUCUUCCUGACCCUCAUCAACAUUGACCGCUACGCCGCUGUCGUGCACCCGCUGCGGCUGCGCCACCUGCGGCGGCCCCGCGUGGCGCGCCUACUGUGUCUGGGCGUGUGGGUACUCAUCCUGGUGUUCGCAGUGCCCACUGUGCUCGUGCACAAGCCUUCGCCCUGCAGCUCCAAAGGCCAGCAUGUGCGCCUGUGCUUUGAGAGCUUCAGUGAAAAGCUGUGGAAGGGGGGGCUGCUACCGCUUGUGCUGCUGGCCGAGGCACUGGGCUUCCUGCUGCCUCUGGUGGCCGUGAUCUAUUCAUCCAGUAGGGUCUUUUGGACCUUGGCUAGGCCCGACGCCACACAGAGCCUGCGGCGGCGGAAGACCGUGCACCUCCUGCUGGCCAACCUGGUCAUCUUCCUGCUGUGCUUCGUGCCCUACAACACCACGCUGGCCGUCUAUGGGCUGCUGCGCAGCGACCUGGUUGCGGGGAGUCAGGCAGCCCGUGAGAAGGUGCGCGGCGUGCUGAUGGUGAUGGUGCUUCUGGCUGGCGCCAACUGUGUUCUGGACCCGUUGGUGUACUACUUCAGUGCCGAGGGUUUCCGCAACACCCUGCGAAGCCUAGGCACUCCUUUCCGGCCCAGCACCUCAGCCACCAACGGAAUUGGAGGGACGCCUACCCUACGACCCUCUGAGGCUCCCAACACCACGAGGCCUGCUGCCGCCAGCCAAGGACUGCUCCAGCAUUCCAAUCCCAGGACGCCCUUCACCCAGUGCGCUGAGGAUUCUGUCCUCUGAACACACAAAGGGCCCCAGCGCGGCCACAUCCAUCUCCAUCCCCUCGCGCGUCUCACACUCGGAAGACUUGCAGGGUGCACAUACUUGCAGGGUACAUACAUGAGGGAGGUGGAUCAGACACUUGGAUUUCUGCAUAGCAACUUCAGCUCAUAAAUGCAGGAGAAAAGUGUGGGAACAAUGGGGCACAAAGAAGGAAAAGUGCUGGUGGAAGUGUCUUUAAGUUGGUGGUGAUGGUGAGCAUAGGAAAGACCUCUUUUCCAAUCCCUAGGAAGUGAUGCUGUGAGCCUGCCAACACAGACAGAGGCAGAUGACUGGGUGAAGUGCCCCUGGCGGGACUUGAAACACUGCCAAGAGCUGGUGGAUGGAGCAGAAAGUGGGUGUCCUGGAUUUAGACUGACCACAGCUGUUUUAUGGCCAUAGAUGCCAUCCACAUUUCAUUUCCACCUCUGCUUCCCCUGCCUGGCACGGAGGCCAUAAUACGAGAGUGUACUGCAUGUGGACAGAACUGGUCUCCUUUUUGUUUAGAGAAUUGUAACAAAUUAGACCUGACCCCCAGCAUGGGGUGGUUGGGGACAGGACAAAACAGUGAGAAGGUUUUUUUUCCUCCAAAAAUGUUCGUCUCUCUUCCCCUUUUUAAGUCUUAUCCUUAAAUGUUACCCUCCUUCUAAGACCUCCUCCAGUCUAGGUCCUAAGUCUCCCCUCCCCACCCCUGCUUCAUCUGCAAUAAGGAAACAAUUGCUUGUACUAACGUGGCAGUCCUCAAACUUUUUGGUCUCAGACCCUUUUAAACUCUUAAAAACUGAGGAUUCCAAAGAGCUUUUGCUUAUACUUUACCACAUUAGAAAUCAGAUACUCACCAUAUUAGAAAUUAAAAUGAAGCUUUUACAGCAAAUUCAUAAGCACACAUUUCAUUAGCUGUGAGCGCAAUGAUAUCAUCACACUUCAUGAAGCCUCUGGAAAACCCCACUGUGUACUUGUGAGAGAACAGGAGUGCAAAGAACAAAUGACUGGUGCAGUCCCACUGCUGUCCUCGUCGGCUUCAGAACUCGUCAAACCCUGCACUCGCCGCAUCGUGCCGAGAAACGAAAAUGCUUCAGCACUCAGCACUUGCUCGGGACUCGUCGGUUUCGGCACUCUCACUGAGUUUCAGAAGGAAUUACCGACGAGUACCAAGGUACCAUUGCAUUAUGAAAAUAGUUUUGACCUCGUGGACUCCUCAAAGAGUUGGUCCCCAGAUCACACUUUGAGAACCAUACAUAUACUAAACUAGAGUAAUACAGUGUUAGAGCUCAUGGGUAGCUUGUUCCUAGGGCAUUAUGUGUACAUUGUAUUUUAUGGGGGAGAGCAAUGCUCAACAAAUGAAUUGCUAAUUGUAUUCCUUAAGGCUUGGGGUUUGAGGGGGGUGGGUGGGGGACAGCAGGAGCUGCAUGAGGAAAGGAACACUACUGCCUUGGGCUUCCUGGAGCAGCAGCCCUAAGGUGGGGGUGGAACUAAUUAUGCAAACACUCAGGAGGGGUGGAGCUUCUCCUGGGAGGGAAGAGGGACUGUGUCACAGCUGGAAAAGAAGAGUUCGCAGGGCAGUCAGAGUGCCACGGGAGCACAGGAAUAGGUGGCUGGUCUUAGCAAGCUGGAGGCAAGGGAAAUG